AUGAUCGGCGCCAUCAAGACAUCUAUCCUGUCUGCACCGGCGGGUGCCGACAAGACGACGAAGAGGGGCUACGAUUUUGUGGCGGGGAUGGUGGGAGGCACGCUGGCGACGAUAGCCAACACGCCGUUUGACGUGGUGAAGUCGCGAAUGCAGAACCAGCUCAAGGUGGAGGGCCAAGUUCCCAAGUACAAGCACACGAUCCCGUCCCUCAUCACAGUCGUAGGGGAGGAGGGAUUGGCAGCCGUGUACAAGGGCAUCGGCCCACGGCUCGUCCGGCUGGGCCCCGGCGGCGGAAUCAUGCUCGUUUCCUUCAAUGCCAUCUUGGACCUACUCAACGACUUAUGA